AUGUCCCAAUUGACCAAAUUGAAUCUUUUUAAUAAUUCAAUUGGUGAAGGAGUUCAAUAUUUGACCAAAUUGACCAACUUGACAUUACUAAGUGUGGAUUCAAAUUAUUUAGGAGAUAAAGGAGCUCAAUAUUUGAGUGAAUUAUGCAAUUUAACACAUUUAAAUAUUUCUGGAAAUGUUUUAUCAAGUGAAUCAGGAAAAUAUUUAAGUAAAUUGAAGAAAUUAACAUAUUUGGAUGCUAAUUACAAUAAUUUGGGUGAUGAAGGAGCCAAACAAAUUGGUCAACUAGAAUUAUUGAAACAAUUAUCCAUCACGUACAAUCGUAUUGGAAACGAUGGUGCCAAGUGCCUUUCAAAACUUUCGUUUUUGGAAAUUCUCGAUUUGAGAGAAAAUCAAAUUGGAUUCCAAGGAGCCAGCUCAAUAAGUGAAAUGCGACAUUUGAAAGAGUUGCAAAUUGGAAGAAAUCCCAUCACACAAGAGGGGUUUUUACUUGUGAAAUCAAUGCCCAGUUUAACAUUUCUUGGAUUUAGAUCAUCAACACGGAAUGAAUUACAUGGAGGUAAUGAGGAUGGUUUUGGAAAAUUUCAAUUCUGA